UGACAAAAUGGAACCCACCAGCAGUGUGAGGAGACCUGAAAGUGGCACAUGGCAGAGUGUGGCGAUGGAGACAGCAGCAAUGGGAGGCCGUACAGGGACCCAUGACACACUCUGGACCUGGCAGCAGCAGCAUGAGGAGGCGGUACAGGGGCCCAUGACAGAUUACGGGCCUGGCAGCAGCAGUGGGCGGGCGGGUGGAUGCAGCAGCAGCACCCUAUCACAAAAUGGAACCACCAGCAAGUGUAAGGAGACCUGAAAGUGGCACAUGGCAGAGUCUGGCGAUGAAGUCAGCAGCAAUGGGAGGCCGUACAGGGACCCAUGACACACUCUCUGGACCUGGCAGCAGCAAGA